CCCACACUGUGAGCCCCGGUCCCCCGCAGUUCCUCGCGUCCCCGAGACUAGCUCUCACCUCCCUGCGCCUCUCCUCCGCCGGCUGAGUGCGCCGGUCAAGGCGCCUGGUUCCUCGCCACCCGUUACGUCCGAGGUACAUCACCAGAGGCCCCUCCCCAGACCGCUCGCCCCAGCUGCCCGAGGCUGAGGCCGGCUCAUGUUCCUCCUUGGCCUGGGAUGCCCACCACGGGUGCGGUCCGUCGCCGCUGAGUCCGGAGCCCAGCGCCACCCACGUGUCCGAGAGCGCCGCGCCCAGUCAGCGCAAACCUCUCCAAGGCCAGCGGCUCCUCGCAGCAAAAGCUCUACCAUUGCGGGCGAAACCCGCACGGGCCGGAGAGCGGCGCGCAGAUCGCGAGCAGCACGCGCGGGUCCUCGGCGCCUCGCCGCAGGGUGGGGGUGCCCGCAGAGCCAACAAGCCAGCGAGCGAGCGCCGGAGGAGGGAGGGUGGGCGCGCAAGCGGCGGGGAGGCGGACACCUCGGGGAAGCAGGAGCCAAGCGGCGGUGCGGGCGGCGGGACUGCAGUGCCACCUCUCCCGAGAAAGCCCACACACUCACGGCCGCGCGCGCACUCACGUGCACACCGUGGGCAGCGAGAACUCGAGCGAGAGCCCUUGAGCUCUGCACGCGUUUUAGCGAUGGCUUCUGCCCUCAACAGCAAAAUUCACGCGCCCGGCACUUGCCCGGGCUCCAAAGCUGAUGCCCGCGGCGGCGCCGGCUGGAGAAUGGACUGCGAUCCUGAGAUGCACGUGAAAAUGUGCAAGAAGAUCGCCCAGCUCACCAAGGUGAUUUAUGCCCUGAACACCCGCCAGGAUGAGGCUGAGGCCAGCAUGGAGGCGCUGCGGGAAGCCCACCAGGAGGAGCUCCAGAAUGCAGUGGCAGAGACCAAGGCCAGGCUCCUGCAGGAACAGGGCCACGCGGAUGAGGAGGCCCUGCUGCAGCGCAUUCAGACCCUGGAGAGCGCCCUGGAGCUGCAGAAGAGGCUGACGCAGGAGGCGCUGGCCCAGUCGGCCACGUGCCGGCUGGAGACCAAGGAGAGAGAGCUGAGGGUGGAGGCGGAGCACGCCGAGCGGGUCCUCACCCUCUCCAAGGAGAUGCUGGAGCUCAAGGCUGACUACGAGAAGAGGCUCCGGCACCUGGUGAGCCACGAGGCGCCCCAGUGGGGCCAGCUGUCCCAGGAGAGCCCUGAUCCAAAGGCAGAGCCCGGCCGCGGCCCCGAGAUGCGGGAGGUCCUGCUGGAGGUGGAGCGGCUACGAGUGGAGAACCAGCAGCUGAGCAAGGACUACGCCCAGAAGGCUGAGGAGCUGCAGGCCACCUAUGAGCGGGAAAACGAGGCCAUCCGGCAGGCCAUGCAGCAGUCGGUGAGCGAGGCUCUGUGGCAGUGGCAGGAGAAGGAGACCGAUCUCCGCAAGAACUUCCAGGUCCAGGAGUCGGCCCUGCAGGCCCAGGUCAGGAAGCUAGAGGGGGAUCUGGAGCACAGAGGCCGCAAGAUAAGUGACCUGAAGAAGUAUGCUCAGAAGCUGAAGGAAAGGAUUCAGGACCUGGACGUGCAGCUCAAGGAGGCUCGACAGGAGAAUUCGGAGUUGAAAAGCACUGCAAAAAAACUUGGGGAGAAGCUGGCUGUUGCCAAAGACAGACUGAUGCUGCAGGAGUGUCAUGUGACACAGAAAACUGAUGACUUGAAGACGGAGCUAGUUUCAGAAAAUGAAGUCCUAGGAAAAGCGAAUGACUUGGAAGCCCACAGUCUCCCUCCUCAGCAGGAUCAGAAAUUUCUCAAGGGGUGUCUAUGCACAAAAGGAGGCACAGAUACACAGACCAAGAAAGAGGCAAGUAUCGAGAUGGAAUAUAUGAAGCAACAGUAUGAAGAAGACCUGCGUAAAAUCAAACAUCAGACGGAAGAGGAGAAGAACCAUCUCAAAGACCAGCUCGUGAAGCGGCUGGAAGACUUGGUAAGGAAGCACGCGGUGGAGAUCAAAUCAGUUCGCUCGUCAGCGGAGGCUGAAAGGAAGAAGCUACAGAAGGAAGUAGAAGCACAGCUGGAGGAAAUGAAGAAAAAAUCAGAAAACGAAGUAAAGCAGCUGGAAGAAGAGAAAGCAACCCUAAAUGUGAAGCUCCAGAAUUCUCUGCUUGAGGUUUUAAGGCUGGAAGAAUUUAUCCAACAGAAUAAGGUACGACCCCAAAGAGUCGAGGAAAGGACCCAGGAAUUGGACUGCCAGCACUGCAGCAUUUUAGAGAUCCAGGAUCCAUGCUUGAAGCUGAAUGAACCUUCUCAGACCCUGCCCAGAGGAGAAGACUGUCAAGAUAAGUUAGCAGCUGAAGAAGGAACCAGCAGCAAUGAAGAAGAAAGGAUCGAAGUACCCCUCAAGGGGGGAGGUGACGUGCAACCUCCACUGGGCUCUUUGCUGAAGGACAAGGCACCCGAAAUCCAGCGUCUGCAGGACGAGUGGCAGAGCCAGAAGGCCAGGUUGCAAGCCCAGGUCUCGCAGAUGCAGCAGGCCCUGGAGCAGUGCGCCAGCAGCUACAGGGACGACCUGCAGGAGCUCAAGCAGCUCUCGGACCACGAGAGGGAGACGCUGCAGCGCCAGCUCCAGGAGACCGUUCAGCAGAACCAGGCCGUGAAAGCGCAGCUUGAGGCUUCUCACCAGCGUGCCCUGCGCAUGCUUGAGAAGGCCAAAAAUCAAGAACUCAAGGCCACAGAGGAGCGCCUGAAAAGGGAGUCCAGCCACAGCCUCCAGAUCCAGCACCAGGCGCACCGGCUGGAGCUCCAGGCCUUGGAGGAAAAGGCCCGGCAGGAGCUCCAGGGGGAGCUGGAGAGGAUGCAGGUUCAGCAGGCCCUGCUGCUAGAGUCCCUCAGACAGGAGCUGUCGGAGCAGCGGGCUGCCUGCUCUGAGCACCAGAAGGACUUGGAGGCGCUGCAGGCUGAGCUGAGGGCCCUGAGAGGCUUGGGCAGGCAGCAGGCCAUCGGCCAGUGUCCCGGGGACAGCGAGGACCGCACCGUCACUGCAGAGGACGGGGGCGGCCCGGGCCCGGCGGGCUCCCCGAAGGGCGCCGCGGAGCAGGGGCCGAGCGAGGGAGGCGGCGUCUGGGAGGAGAACUCGCGGCUCCAGGCCGCGGUGCGGCGGCUGCGGGCCGAGGUGGAGCAGCACCAGCGGGAGGCGCUGCAGCUCCGCGACCAGCGCAGGCUGCUGGAGGAGGAUCAGCAAGCCCGGCGGGCCCGGGAGGUGGAGACGCUGCGCCAGGAACACCGGAAGGAGAUGCAGGCCGUGGUGGCGGAUUUCAGCAGCGCUCAAGCCCGGCUCCAGACCCGGCUGGCUGCCCUGGAAGCCGAACUGAAAGACUCCGGAGAGCAGCCGGGGAAGGGGGCGUCCAGGCCGGAGGACGUUCAGCUCAUAGGCCGCCUGCAGAGCCGCUUGAAGGAGAGGGAGGAGACCAUCAAGCAGCUCACGGAGGAGAGAAGAUUUCACUAUGCAGCCUUCCCCAGUGCAAUGUCCCAUCGGAAUCGGUCCUUCUCUUUCAAUCCUCACCAGGGGUACCUGACUCCUUCCAUGAAGAAAAAGAAGAUGGAGGAAGUGCCCAGCCGAGUGGUCAGCGUGCCAAACCUCGCCUCCUAUGCAAAGAACUUUCUGAGUGGCGAUCUGAGCUCCAGGAUCAAUGCCCCUCCAAUAACUAAGUCACCCAGCUUGGACCCAAGCCCCAGCUGUGGCCGGCCUUACAAACCCACCCAGUCUCCAGAUGUGAAAACUGCCACAAGGACACAAGAUGGUGAAACAGCCCAACCCAAAGAAGUCCAGCAGAAACAGGGCUCUGCCCACCAGGAAUGGUUUACCAAGUAUUUUUCCUUCUAAACUGAUUCUUGAGAAUCCAUCACAAAGAUGACAUUUGAAAAAUGUUGCUUUUAAAACAUUUGAUUGAGGGAAUGAACUAAAAAACCAACCAACCAAAUAACUUGCUUAUACUAUGAUUUACAUAUGAUAGCCAAAACAAAUUUUGGCAUUAACAUUUCAUACUGUUUCAUUGUGACACCAGUUCAUUAAAAAAAAUUAUUGAUAUUAAGAUAAAACCAACCAGUGUUAUCAAAAAGCCCCCAUAGGAAAAUGUUAUUAAUGUUACCAGUGACCUGCACAUUGUACUUCUCGUGUCCGUGAGGUUGUCUCCACUUUGUGGAGUAUCAGACUUUGUGAUUUCCAUGGUCUACUUGAAAAGUGGUUUCAUUUUUCCUUUGGAUGCUAGUCAUCUCCACUUGAAAAGUGUUUCUACGUAAAUGAUCUAAGUCCAAAAUGCACAUCUAACCUUAAUACGAAGAGGAAUAAGACAAAGUUCAAAAUAACCAGGAAAGGCAAGUCAAAAAACAAAACUGGGAAUGGCCCGUAGCCGACCUUGGCAUACUUGGAUUGAAUGCUUUGACUUCCUGGGUCCAGGACAUGAAGUAGAUUAUAGAGGGGAUAACACCUACCUCAAAAUGGGCUUUGCAAGGAUUAAGCAAAAUAUUAUGGGUAAUGAUACCAAUCAUGAAUUGGAAUUAAGCACUGCCAGGAUUUUUCUGUGACUAACCGAGCCUCGCCCCAUCAUAUGUCUCAGUUUCAAUGACUGUAGUGUCAACGUGGUCACUUGUGAAGGUUUCUAGAGUGUCCAGUCUUUGAAGUCAAAGAUCUACUGAACCCGUGGUCUUUGGCUUCGGGCCGCUUGCCAAGUGGUGUGUUGCUUCCCCAUUGCAUGGAUGCUAAGUAGAUUCAAGGGAACUGGGAAUGGCCAUCCACAGUGCUGACCUCUCUGUCGGUCCACACCGAACGACCCUCGGAUGGAGCAGAGCGAUUUGACAAGACUCAAUACAACUUUAUUGGGCAAGAUAUGUUCUCAAUCCUUUGGUGCUGGCCCAGCAGGUGGCCCAUAAACAGCUGUUUAUUCUAUGCACUGUCAAAUCUUUGCUCUUUGAAUAAAACUUUAAACAACUG